GUAGAAUACAAUAUAUAAAAUAACCUUGGCCCGGACCAUUAAAAAGAAAUAAAAAUUUGAUUUCCCAAAUAGUUAAUUACCUCUUUUAAAGCGUUUGAAGCAUUUUUUCAAAAAGCUUUAGCUAUAAAAUAUACACAUUUUAUGUGGACGAGAUUUCACAACAAAAUUUAUAUCAUAUUUCAAUUGAACAAUAAAAUCUUUCGCCUGUCAAUAAAGCUAUCUUCUUUUUUUUUAUCAUUUUUCUAUUUUAGUGUAACAUAAAUACAGAUAUAAAACAUUCUUUGUUUUCUGGUCUUUCGCACUGUUGAAACAAUCAAAAAUUUUCCUUUUCUUUGAGGACUUUGCUCUUUGGGAUUGGUAUUUUUGUUUGUUAUUCAAAUGCUUAACGUAUAUCGAAAAAAUUGUCGAAACCUAAGCUUUCUUGUUAAGAGAAAUUUGACAUCAUCUUUCAUCAAGACUCAACAGUACAGUGUUGAAAAUAGAGAAAAGACUUUAGAGAAUAUAAAUUUCAAUGAUUCAAAAGUUGCUUAUAAAAAUAAGACCACUAAACAAUUACUAAGAAGUUAUAUGAUUUUUAAAUUAUGCAGUUUUAAUUCAAUCAUUGAGAAGCAAGGCCAAAUUUUAAGAAUUCUUAGGAAAAUACUUGGUCAAAGAAUCUUUAAACAAAUUAUAGAAGCAACCAUCUUUAAACAAUUUCUACUAAUUAAGAAUGAUGAAGUGUUACGAACUGAAACAUUAAACAACUUUAAAUAUGGUAUAAGGCCCUUCUUUGCUUAUACUUGUGCAGAAUAUCACGGAGAUUGUGUUUUAAAUGAACAUAUAAAUUUCAAUAGUUUGUGGGCGAAUAACUUUAAUAAUUUCCUUCAUUGUAUUAAAACAGCUGAAAGAAAUAAGACUACUCCCGAUGCAAUUGCCCGAGCUUCUGGAAAAUACAGUAUGCUUUGCUCAAUUGAAUUAUUGGUUUUUGUUCAUUUCUAUUCUUUUUCUAAUUAUCAAUUUAUAUCAUCAAAUAGAAUUUUUAAGUUAAUUAUCUGUAUUUAUCAGGUUCAACUCAAUAAAGUUAUAGUUGAGAACGAAGAGUAUUUAAGAAAAUACAAUUUAAGCGAUGAAGAAUUUAAUUCAAUUAUAAAUAAAGAUAAUUUACCUAGAGAUCUUGCCAAAACUUUACCAUCUCAAUCUGUUCAUAACGUACUUUUUCAUUUGAAAUUGGUACAAGAAAUUAAUCCACAACUAGCACUUUCUAAAGAGAAAUUAGAAGACUUCAAUAAAUUAUGGACAAUGCUUUAUGAUUUAGCCAGAGAAGCUAAAGAAAGAAACGUAUGCUUCGUUCUUGAUGCUGAACAAACCUAUGUUCAAACAGCUAUAGAUUAUAUAACAUUAGAUUUAAUGAGAAAAUUUAAUCAAGAAAAAGGUAUUGUUCACAAUACCUAUCAGUGCUAUUUAAAGGAAACUGCGAAUAAAGUAAGAAAGCAUAUAAGAUUGUCAGAAUUAGAUGAGUUUAUUUUGGGAUUUAAAGUUGUUAGAGGAGCAUAUAUGGAAGAAGAGAGGAGAUUGGCAGUGGAAAAUAAAUAUGAAGAUCCUGUAAAUGAAAAUUUUAAUAAAACCACAGAUAUGUACUAUGAAGUUGCGAAUGAAGUUCUAAAUUACGCUUGUCUAAACGAAGAAUGCACAGUUGAAUUCGGUACUCAUAACUGUGAAGGAGCAUUGUAUGUUGCAAAAAAAAUGAAAGAAAAGGGUCUUUCUUUACAAAGUGAUAGAAUAGUUAUUGCCCAGUUACUUGGAAUGAAAGAUCAUUUAACUUAUUGUCUUGGAGACGCUGGAAUUCCCGUUGCCAAACUUUAUCAUUAUGGCGAAGUUGAAGAUAGCCUCCAAUACAUGUCCAGAAGAUUAAACGAAAAUAAAGCUGUUUUACAAGGAGCUGCUGAGGAGGGAAAUCUACUCAAGACUGAAAUUAAAAGACGUCUAUUGAAAAGAAAUUAAUCAACUAACUUAGCUUGAAAGAAUAACUUACACUAGAUAUUAAGAUAAAUAAUCCUGAGAUUUUAUUUCUUCAUUUAUUCAACAUUUAAGAAAUCUUUUAUCCAAUAUUUUGAAACAAAUUAACAAAUUUUUUCAAUUGCACAAGAAAAUAUUUAAUAAUCGUUAUUAUGAAUUUUUUGCUUGGUUAGCAGUGCUAUCUCUUUCGCUAUAUCAGGUUUAAUAAGUUCUUUAACCUGUAAAGUAGAAGGAACAACUAUAUAAUUGAUCGAUUGAAUACAACAUAAGAAAAGUUAAUAUUCU